AUGCUAAAGGUGUCCCUUUGGAAGGGCAUUAUCCGUUUUGGAAAGCGUGGGAAGCUAAAUCCCCGUUUCCUUGGACCGUUUAAAGUGCUAGCUAGGGUAGGACUUCAAGCCUACAGAUUAGAACUACCCACUGAGAUGGCCGGAAUCCACAACACAUUUCAUGUGUGUUACCUACGCAAGUGUAUGGCGGAAGAAGAAAGUAUGAUACCACUUUCGGAAGUUCUUGUGGAUAAAGACAACCGAUGUAUUGAAGAACCAGAAGCCAUCUUGGAAAGCAAGAUCAAAAGGUUGAGGCACAGGGAGGUUGUCAUGGUCAAGGUAAAAAGGAAACAUCAUCAAGGGUCAAAUGUGACAUGGGAAGCGGAAGAGGACAUGAAGAGGCGUUACCCUCGCCUAUUCGCGUGA